CUAAUUGAUAAAUUAGUUAUUAAAGUUAAUAUUUUGUAAAUUGAUUCUUUUCUGAUAUAUUUUUUAAAAAUAGUAAUUUAAAAUUUUUUGAUUCAACAAAAGUUAAGUAAGUUUGUUUAUUUAUCUAUUUGUUUAAUGGAGUGUCAGUUUAGUCAAAUAUGCGACGAACAUCCGAAUUUAACUGUCAAUUAUGUUUAUCAAUAAGAAAUGGAUUAACUUAAACUGGGAUGCUUUAGUUGUGCAACUUAAGAAAAAGGAACAUUUUUUUACAAUUUGAAGCAUUUUAUACAUCAAGCAGAGGAAAUUGUAAAUGAGAGGCUAGGAAUGUUUAAAAAAGGAAAUCAUGUUUACUAUGAAGUAACAUAACUAUUGAAUGAUUUGAAGGAUUAGUAAAAAGCUAAUAGCUAGUAUGGGAUAUUAUAGCAAAUCAUAUAAUUUUUUGAGAUAAACGAGGAGAAUUACAAACUUUAAUUCACUCAGACAAACAAUAUUGAGAAGUAUUCGAAUGAAUCUUAGUAAUUUUCGUCAGACCAAUCUGACUAUGAAGACUCAUUUUAAAUGAGCAUACAAUCAGGCAAAAAAGAUUUUGAAUAUGAAACAGAGUAGUCAGAAAGCGAAAUGGUGCAUCCUCAUAGAAAUUUUAUAGAAUUUUCUCUUUAUUAAAGCGUAAAAAAGCUCAAAGGUCAAGCUCUUGCAUCUGCUUUAGAUAGAUGCUAAGAUAUUAAAAGCCACAACUAUCUGCCAUCAAUGAAUUGGAAAUAAUUUCAGUCACACUCUCAAUAUUAUGUAAAUCUAGAAUACAACUAUUAUUACCAUAUUUAUUGUGAAAACGAUAAUGAUUUUGAAAACGACAAAUAAAAUAUUAUUUAAGAAUACGAAUAAAAAUAUUAACCAAUCAGAGCUGAUUAAUUAUAAUCCAUACAAUCAAAUAGUUUAUUAACAUCACCUAGUUUAAAAUCUCCUGUAACUGAAAAUAAAUUCUCAAAUAGCUCAAACUAAACAAGUAGAAAAAACUCAAUAUAAACAAAUAAUAGCGAAAAAAUCCAUAAAGACAAGUAAAUUGAAGAGGGUAGAUUUUUUCAUGAGUGUGUUGAGUGCUCUUUGAUAUAUUAACAAACUUAAGAAUAAAUAUAGCUUCUAAACAUAAUGUUUCAGGAUAUUAAGCAAAUUAUUGUAUACUAAAAGCUUAUAUCUCCUAUCAUGACAUUCUGCCCAAUCUAAAUAUUUUGGGAUUUGAGAAUAAAUAUUUGA